UAAACGUUGGAAGAGAGCGAAAGAUGUCUUGCUCGGUAGCGGUUAGCGGCUCGCCGGUAUUCUCACCGCAGAGAAUACCUCUCACCUGUAUGACGUCGCCGGAAACCCUAGCCGUCGGGCUCACCCAGAACCAUUUCUCGCCGGCGGCGACCUCGAACCUUUCGCGUUCUGUUCCUCUUUUGAAGAGGAAGAGGCCUGCUCGUAUCGAUAUUCCGAAUAUGGGAUUGGAAGCUAUUGAGCCGCCGCUGGCAUCGGAUGGCCGACGGGAAGUGGAGGAGGAGUGUGCGCGGUAUUCGGUUUAUUGCAAGAGAGGAAGGAAGAGGGUGGAGAUGGAGGAUCGUCAUAGCGCAUCCGUUGAUCUCCAAGGAGAUUCCCAAAUGGCGUUCUUUGGCGUAUUUGAUGGUCAUGGCGGUUCGAAGGCAUCCCAAUUUGCUUCGGAGAACAUUGGGAAGCGUAUACUGGAGGAGGUGAUGAGUGGAGAAGGAGAAGAAAGGGUGAUUGGGGUUGAGGAAGAGGUUAAGAAUGGAUAUUUGAAGACCGAUGCAGAAUUCUUAAAGGAGCAAGUAAAAGGUGGGACUUGCUGUGUUACGGCUUUUGUAAUGAAAGGAGAUCUUAUUGUUUCUAACGCCGGUGACUGCCGCGCCGUCAUGAGCGUCUCGGGCGCCGCUGAGGCUCUCACUUCUGACCACCGGCCUUCAAGAGAGGACGAGAAAGACAGAAUUGAACGCAUGGGUGGUUACAUAGAUUGCUCUAGAGGUGUUUGGAGAUUGCAGGGUUCCUUAGCUGUUUCUAGGGGAAUCGGAGAUUCUCAUCUCAAGCAAUGGGUUAUACCAGAACCUGAGACUAGAGUUAUCAAGAUUGAACCUGAGUGUGAAUUCUUAAUUCUAGCUUCUGAUGGACUUUGGGAAAAGGUUAGCAAUCAGGAAGCUGUCGAUAUAGCCCGCCCGCUGUGUGUUGAUCCACAGAAGCCAACUCCCCUUUCUGCUUGCAAAAAGCUUGUGAAUUUAUCGAUUUCUCGAGGCUCAAUGGAUGAUAUCAGUGUUAUGAUUAUUCAACUUGGGCAUUUUAUCUGAACCAAGUCUGAUAAUUUCUAGUUGAUGGAGGGAUGACAUACAUUCUAUCAACUUAACCAUAAACUAUAAUUAUCAGAAAAAACAGAAGUAUGACUUCAAAAUUCUAGCUUCUGAGGUACAAUGAGAUAUCUUCAGCCCUCUAGUUCAAUCACUCCAGAACUUUGGUUGAUCAUUUGAUUGAGAGGACUCGAACUUGGGAUUGCAAGGCAGGCUGUGGAUAAGUAAAGAAAGUUAAACUGAAAUAAGUUUGGUUUCUGAUAUUUGGAGAGAUCAACCUGCUUCUUUCUUGUUCUGAUAAAAUUGCAUUUGUUGCAGAAGUAAUUUUCUGCUUCUUCUGCUUCGGGGCAUUGGUUUUCAAGUUGCCUCCUGACUGGACUUGUUGGGCUUAUUAGCAAUGCUGUAAUGGUAUUUUGUUUAUAUUUAUGUUAACUGUUAAGAGGGGAAAUGGCAGCCUUUGUUCAUAUUUA